UCAUACAUCUAAAUUGGCCCUUAGACUUAAAAAAAUAAUGAAAAUAAAAUUUAGGGACCGGUAGUACAAUUAAGACUUAGUUUAGUGACUUUAGCGCAAAAUCCGGGAGACUAUACACGGUGGCCGCGUACACUCCCACACACCAGAGGCCGUUGCACCUCUCUCUCUCUCUCUCUCUCUCUCUCUCUCAUCAUCGAGCUCGAGCUCGAGCUUCUCGAUCCCCGUCGCCAUGGCCGGUGAGCUCCGAGCUCUCUCUCUUUCUCUCUCUAACCCCUCUCCUCGCUCCUUAUCCACAGCUCCAUUAAUGCGCCUACGCGCGGCCAUUACCUUCGUCGUCGUCCUCCUCCUCGCCUGCCUCCUCGGCGCCGCCGCCUCGCCCCGCCCGGCCCACGCGACUGGGCCGCUCCACGGCGGGGCCGUCGCCGCCGACGACGGGCGGUGCUCGGCCGUGGGGAGGGACGCGCUCCGCGAGGGCGGCCACGCCGUCGACGCCGCGGUGGCGGCCGCACUCUGCCUCGGCGUGGUGAGCCCCGCGUCCAGCGGCAUCGGCGGCGGCGCCUUCAUGCUCGUGAGCCUCACCCGCGGCGGCGGCGGCGGCGCCCAGGCCUUCGACAUGCGGGAGACCGCGCCCUCGGCGGCGUCGGAGAGCAUGUAUGCGAGAAAUUCCGCACUAAAGUCAAGCGGUGCUCUAUCUAUAGCUGUGCCAGCGGAAGUUUCAGGUCUUUAUGAGGCUUGGAAGCAACACGGCAAGCUUCCAUGGAAACGGCUGGUCCGACCAGCCGAACAGUUUGCUCGAAAGGGCUUUCGAAUUUCCCCUUAUCUCCAUAUGCAGAUGGAGAAGACAAGAUCAGGCAUUUUAAAUGAUAAGGGCCUGCGAAGUGUGUUUACGUCAAACGGAGAUCUCUUAAAGCCGGGUGAUAUUUGUCGCAAUAGAAAGCUUUCUCGAACAUUUAGAGCUAUUGCGGAGCUUGGACCAGAUGCACUUUAUAAGGGGUCGGUUGGGAUUAACUUGGUUAGAGAUGUUCGCAAGUUAGGAGGUAUCUUGACCAUGAAAGAUUUGCAGAAGUAUCGAGUAAAGGUUCAAGAACCGAUAAAGGCGAAUGUGAUGGGUCUAACAAUAUUGGGCAUGCCGCCCCCUUCGGCCGGUGGUGCUGGAAUGAUCCUUAUAUUAAAUAUUCUUGCUCAAUAUGGAAUUCCUUCAGGUGUUUCUGGCACCCUUGGUCUUCAUCGGUUUAUCGAAUCAUUAAAGCAUUUUUUUGCCGUAAGAAUGAAUCUCGGCGAUCCUGACUUUGUAAAUGUUUCUGAAGUAAUAUCUGAUAUGUUAUCUCCAAAGUUUGCGGGAGAUUUGAAGAAAACCAUACUUGAUAAUAUGACUUUCGGCCCAAGCCAUUAUGGUGGAAGGUGGAACAUCCUUCAUGAUCACGGAACCAGUCACUUGUGCGUUGUCGAUAGCGAGCGAAAUGCUGUGUCAAUGACCAGUACAGUAAAUUCAUACUUUGGGUCCCAAAUUAUGUCCCCAAGUACCGGGAUAGUGCUAAAUAAUGAGAUGGAUGAUUUUUCUAUUCCCACAAAUGCUUCUGCUAACACUCCACCACCAGCUCCUGCAAAUUUUAUCAGGCCUUUCAAAAGGCCAUUAUCCUCCAUGACACCGACGAUCAUUCUUAAGGAUGGACAAUUGACGGGUGUUGUCGGGGCUAGUGGAGGGGCCAUGAUUACUGCUGGGACUGUUGAAGUGUUUUUAAAUCAUUUCGCCAAAGGAAUGGAUCCAUUAUCUUCCAUCAUGGCUCCACGAGUGUACCAUGAGCUGAUCCCAAAUGUGGUUCAAUACGAGAACUGGACGACGGUAUUCGGAGACCAUUUUGAAGUUCCUGCAGCGACGCGAGCACAAUUGCGGAAGAAGGGCCAUGUUUUACAAGCACUAGCAGGUGGAACAAUAUGCCAAUUUAUUGUUCGCAAUCUGGAGAGUUUGCGGACACGAAAUGGGGUUAUGUUUGGAGAUUUAAUUGCAGUAAGUGACCCGAGAAAAGGUGGUCUCCCAGCUGGUUAUUGAACCAAGUAAUUUCCUCACUAAAUAAGCCAUGAAAUGGGCCCAAUCUCCUAUAUUUGCUCAAUUUGGUUAAAAGAGAAUGUUGCGCAUUAGGUUAGGUAGUGUUGUUUUGUUAAUUUGGUUUCAAAGUUAGUAAAUAAUGUUCCAGAAAAAAAUGCAAGUGCUCUUUGCAUUGGUUGAUGCAUUUUGUAACUAAUUUAAGGGGAUGGACCUGGUUAUUCUUUUAAAUGAUGUGUUUUUUUCUGAGAGGAAUUGAAAAAGAAAAACUUUAUAGACCA